GCAGGCAGACCGAGAGAGCUCAGUUUCGCGGAUGCCAUCGGAGAGUGCGUGUCGCUCGUUCGCUCGCUCCGCGUUCGCGCCUCUCCUCCUUGUUGUCAUUGCAACUCGUCUCCGCAACACUGUCCCGGUCACUUGGCAGCGAUAUUAUACUCAUAAGUUGUGCGGUCGGGAUAUUGUGUGCCUGUGUAAUUUUCGUUCUGUGCUUCUGCCGAGAGGAGUUUGCCGAUUGUAAGAAAAGUAUACGUCGAGCGGACGCGCCUGUAUAUUUCAGAGCUGAGGGGAAGCAAAAAAGUGUAGAUUUAACCUGUAUAUAAAGGGCCAAGCGCGAUGUGAUCUCGAUCGACGUGAAGUGUGCGAUGACUGUUGCCGAUGAUGCGACGAGGCUGAUGCAGCUCGACGCGCCGAAGAAAAUGCUCCUUGGGCUCUGAGCCGAUCCGAAUUAUAACUACUUAAGGUUCGAGCGCCUUACAGCGCGUUGGGUUGGCCCCGAUGCCGGCCAGGAAGGGCCUCCUCGCGCCUCAAAACACCUUCCUCGAUACCAUCGCGACACGCUUCGAUGGAACCCACAGCAACUUUGUGCUGGGAAAUGCGCAGGUGCCGACGAUUUACCCGAUCGUCUACUGCUCCGAUGGAUUCUGCGAGCUGACAGGAUUUGCGCGGGCGCAAAUCAUGCAGAAGGGUUGCGCCUGCAAAUUUCUGUAUGGGCCGGAAACGAAGGAGGAGGAAAAGGCCAUGAUCGACAAGAGCCUCGAGAGCAAGACCGAACUGAAACUCGAGGUCGUGUUUUACAAGAAAAGCGGAGCACCAUUCGACUGCCUACUCGACAUCGUGCCGAUCAAGAACGAAAAGGGCGACGUCGUACUCUUCCUGGCCUCGCACAAGGACAUCACGCACACGAAAAGUCUCCAGCUCUGUGAGUUGUACGACAGUGAUGCGAACGGUAACUUAGACCCCGAAGCCCCGCCAGCCAACUACGGCAGGAGAAGAAGCCGAGCAGUGCUGUAUCAAUUAUCAGGCCACUACAAGCAGGACAAUAAACAUAAUAAACAUAAAAUUAAACUGAACAACGCGUCCAAAAAAGUGACGCUGCUGAGCUCGUCAACGACGCCGCUGCCCGAGUACAAGACGACGACGCUCAAGAAGUCGCAGUUCAUACUCAGUCACUACGGAUUAUUCAAGACAUGUUGGGACUGGCUGCUGCUCAUAGCGACGCUCUACGUAGCCGUUGUCGUGCCCUACAACGCCAGCUUCAUCAAUACCGAUCGGCCUACGAUGGUCAGCGAUGUGGUCGUCGAGGUCAUUUUCAUCAUAGACAUCGUACUGAACUUCAGGACGACAUACGUGAGCAGGAAGGGCGAGGUGGUGAGCAACAGCAAGAGCAUAGCUCUAAACUACAUCAAAAGUUGGUUCCUCAUAGACCUCGUCGCAGCUCUGCCUUUCGAUCUGCUCUACGCCAGCGACGUGUACAGCGGCGAGGAAUCGGGCCACAGUCACAUCCACCUGGUUAAACUGACGAGGCUACUGCGACUCGCGCGGCUGCUUCAGAAGAUGGACAGGUACUCACAGUACAGCGCCAUCAUUCUGACGCUGCUGAUGCUCUUCUUCACGCUGGUAGCCCACUGGCUAGCUUGCAUCUGGUACGUCAUCGCCGAGAAGGAGCGGAUGAGACAUGACAAGGACUGGGAUCUCGGAUGGAUCCAUGCGCUGGCGGAUAGGUUGAAAAUGCCGGACGUUACAAACGUAACCCACGCGGAAAGUUACAUUACCGCGCUCUACUUCACAUGCAGUAGUUUAACUUCCGUGGGCUUCGGAAACGUUUCCGCCAACACAACAUCCGAGAAGGUCUUCUCAAUAUGCACGAUGCUCGUCGGAGCUUUGAUGCACGCCGUGGUAUUCGGUAACGUGACGGCUAUCAUACAGCGUAUGUACUCACGAAGAUCGCUAUACCAAACCAAGUGGCGAGAUCUGAAAGACUUCUUGGUGCUGCAUCAAAUCCCGGACGAACUGAAGCAAAGGAUGCAAGACUACUUUCAGACCAUGUGGUCCUUGAAUCACGGGAUAGAUAUUCAUGAGGUGGGAAUGACACUGAAGGAAUUUCCGGAAGAGCUGCGGGGCGACGUGUCGAUGCACCUCCACCGCGAGAUUCUAAGUCUACCGAUCUUCGAGGCUGCCUCACAGGGAUGUCUGAAACUCCUGUCGCUCCACAUACGCAGCAUCUUCUGCGCGCCCGGUGAAUUUCUCAUCCACAAAGGCGACGCUCUGUCCUACAUCUACUACCUCUGCAACGGCUCCAUGGAAGUCGUGCAGAACGAGAUGGUCGUUGCCAUUCUGGGCAAAGGCGACCUGGUCGGCUGCGACAUCAACGUGCACCUGCAGCACGGCAGCAACGGGGGCGGCAACGUGGUCAGCAGUUCCGGUGGCAACGACGUCAUCGUCAAAUCGAGCUGCGACGUCAAGGCGCUGACCUACUGCGACCUCAAAUGCAUCCACAUGCAGGGACUGGUCGAUGUGCUGCGACUCUACCCGGAGUACCAGCACGAGUUCGCCCACGACAUCCAGCACGACUUGACCUACAACCUGCGCGAGGGCUACGAGGCCGAGCAGGAAUCGGAGAUAAACGGUGGCCCCUCGCUGACGCUGCCGUCGAUAAGCGAGGACGACGAGAACGUGCCGGAAGAGGGCGAGACGUCGCCGCUCUCGCCGCCCAACAGGUCACCCCUCCACGCGUCGUCGAGUCCGCGACACGCCAAGUUCAGGGACGAAUACCAGGGCAAGCGGCCGCCGAGGGGAGUGCUGAAGGGCAGAAGCCAGCUGCCACCGCAGGAAUCGGCGGAGGAGCACAUCCGUGGCUCAGUCGAGCGACUGGACACGCAGGUGCUGACGCUGCACCAGGACGUCGCGACGCUGAGCUACGAGGUGCGCAACGCGAUCCAGGCGCUGCAGAUCCUGGCGAGCUCACCGCAGAGCAAUCCUAAUCUGCCGAUGCCCGGUCGUGGCGGCAGCAGCGGGGUUCUGGCCCGAAGUUCCUCCCAUCCACCGGACGCGCUGUGCUGGAAUCCGCCGGCGAAACUCGUCAGCCAGUCGACGCAAACCGACUGGCCGACGGAUCUGCUAGAGGCCUGGGUGCGCUCGGACCCUCACCGCGUCCUCAGGAUCCUCGGCCUCGACCCCGAGCUCGUGCUGCGACCGGCGCCUCAGCAGCAUCAGCUCGCGAUUAUGACGCCUGCCUCGCCCACGCCCUCGCCCUCGUCGCCGCCGCCUCCACCAUACGAGCCGCUCUCGCCGUUGCUCGGAUCGCCGGCCCAGUCGCCCUCGCAGUCGCCAGAAAUUUCAGGCGGCGUGAACUACCCGUUCGAGCGUCGCCGCUCGGGCCAGCAAGCUCAGCAAGGUCCGCCCAGCUGCUGGGACAACACGACGGCGCACGCAAAAGCGCAGCACCGCUUCAGCGCGGGCGACGCCGACAGAUCCUCGUCCCUGUAUCAGGCCUUCAAGGCCCUCCGCCGACUGCCCGAGUCGCGUUCUCUCACCUUUGACCCCUCCGAUAGCUGAGCCGAGCCCUUCUACCCUGGGCGCCAACCCAGCGGGGAAGAUUCAUCAACGGACGGCGGCACCGAGAUCUAAAGGGCUCCGCCAACCAUCGCACGCAAAGUAUCCGAUGACGUCGUUGCACGCUUCUAUUUUUGUAUAUUCUUCUUGCCACAAAGCUAGAACGCGGAGGGACAGACACACACACACACGACACGGCAGCUGCUUCACCUAUACUGCGAGCGAACGAGAAGUCGCUCCUGCGUACACGCGUAACACUAUAAGUACUGCCCAGAAUAUUGCGCGAGACUCUAUGUGCAAAUGGGCGGAGGAAUCGCGCUCAAGCGUACACUGUAUAAUAUGGAUGACCGUCCGUUCGAGCAACGGAUUAUAAGUUUUAUCUUAUUUCGUUUCGGAGAGACUCGGUUCUUUGUCGAGCUUUGUCAUACGUAUUAUGCUCUUGGUCGUAUGUCGUAUACUUUGGAAAAGGCACUUUUCAUCCAAAGCAUAAUACCCUUGCGUUACGGGAAAGAAGAUGCGGGAUUCGAGUGCCUUUUUCACUGCUUUUCUCGAGUUGUUUCCACACCUUUCCUUCGGUUUCUCUCGGUAAAGCUGUACGUUAAGUGAUAUACUAUGAUAUCGUUUUGGUACUUCUCUACACUGUCUCUGAAAUUUUAGGUAUGAAUGUAUAUGAUGACGUUUCCUUCUCGCUCAUGUAAAUCAUCAAAUUAUGCUUCGGAGCGCAGAACGCACAAAAGUACUGAGGAUCCUCUAUAUAUCAUCCCCACACAUAUCGUCACAUCAUAUCUUUAUCGCGAAUACAUAUCGGAUGAAUGUAAUGUAUAACUUGUUGCUUCACACACAUAGGUAGCCGCACAACACCCGACAUAUCUCUAUUUCCGAAUUCAUUAUAUGAGCACAAACUCGAGGUGCAGAUUAUCGCGUUUCUCCGUUUUAUCGAUCAUUAUAUAACGUAUUUGGCUCUUUGUAUUUUUCUUAUAUACUGUAGAUUUUUUAAAGGAGAUUCGAUGACGGGCAAAAUUUGAUAUAUUGCUUACGUUUCUCAAGUGUAAUUAUUAUAAUGCAUAAACAACUAAGUCUUUUUUGAGGGGAAGUUUACAUUCGUUAUAAUAUGCUUAGUAAAAAUGUAAUAAGAAAACAGUCCGCGCUUUUAGCUUUCUUUACGAUAAACACACAGACACUUGGAGAAUCGCUUUCGUGCAAAAUAUUUUGAGGGAUAAGUGACUUGGAUUAUACACUUAUUAUCGACUGAAACACACACGACGUAUAAAUAAAAUUAAUUAAUAAUAAUAUUUGUAUGAAUAUAAUAAUUACAAAUUUUUGUACAUUCGAAUGUUUGAUUCUUCUAGCACUUAGUUUUUAAUGAAGUACACGAAAUGCUUAAUCAAAUCCAUAUAAGUAUAACCCUAUAGUUUCGAUCGAUAAUGCUUCAGUCGAUAUAGAAUACUAUUAUUUCAGAACAGUUCAAUCCUCUGUACAAAAUUGCAAAGCGUUCGUUCUUCCGCGAUAAAAGACUCCAUAAUCAUUCCAUAAUUUAAGUGCGUCUAUAUACUUCAUGCUGUGAUGAGUUAGGGAAGGAGAAAGAUUAUCAUUUUAACUCUGCACGCAGAUCAUUCGUCGAAAGUUUACCAAAAGCUCGAGGUGUUCCGAGCAAUUGUAUAAUAUUAGACGUAUGGAAAAUUAAAAAAAAAUGAAACUAACGACAACGUUCUCCGAAAAAUCGCUGUUCACUGUGUACUCAAGCUACAGUCGUGAACAGAAAAUUAACGCAAAGAGAUACAAAUGCGCGGGAACUUGAUAAUAUGUAGCAAUAACUUCCACCAAACACUUCGAUGUAUAAUACAAUUAAAUGUGUGUCGAGCGAUCGUCAAAAAUGUAUUUCUCCCUCAAACCUGCGCGGUAAUUGUUCUCAAAAUAUAAGCGUUGAUCUCUAAAAAUAACUCUGCGACUUUCCGAAUUUCUGAAUCCACUGUGAUCGAGGAUCGACGGAUGACGUCCGAAAAGUUCGCAACUACUGCAUGUAACCUCGAGAAUAAACUCUCGAGGCGGGGAGUAGUCGAUCGAUUUCGGAAAAACUCGUGUAAAAUGUACAGAAGCGUACUUGUAAGAAAACGUACGCAUGAGAUAAUUGUAAGUAUUCUAUAUAGCUGAGCGCUUAGUAAGUGUUUGUAAAUAAAUGAAGGGAAAAAAAUGUGAUGGCGGCACGGCUACAAAGCCAUGCACGAUAUCUUAUUGGUUCAAUUUUCCGCGCCGUACAUUGUGAGAGCUCGACACGUCGACUGUCCGAAAAUAAAUGAAAAAUAUUCAUCGCUGGUCGAAGAAUAAACAUAUGGAAAUAAAUAUCUUUUUCACUGAGACUGAAUCGCAUUUUACUAAAUAUGUAAACGGAAUAAGCUAUACUAAACAUUUGCUAUAAAUGAUUCAAAUGAAUGACGAAUACGUAUUGUUCCCAAUCGCGAAUUUGUCAUCUCAACUGUAUAAACAACCGGAAUGUUUGCAAAUUAUCGAAACAUAGUCAUUCUUGAUAACUGUCUCAAUACCAGAUACAAAUUUUAUAGAUACACAAGUAUGCAAAAGCAAAGAAAUAAAAUUACACGCACACGCUUUACAAACUCGUGAUGUCGUCUGGUCACAAUUUACGGCGGGCAGUCGUUUUAUAAAUAUUUCAUAUAUUUUAUUAUACUAUUUCUAUGCUCUCUAUACGCGUUAUGAUUAAAAAGAAAAGCUAAUUGUAAUGUAGUAGAUGAAAUCGAUUGUACGUGUCGGAACUCCUAUAUAUACACAUCUUUUUACACUCUUCGUCGAUCCCGAAUGUAUAGAGGAAAAUAGUAAUGUUAUAACGAGACGGAUCUUACAGAGAUAUGUACUUAUUAUUAUUAUAUAUCUAAAAAUAAUUAAGACAUUUUUCCACCACACAUACCUAUAUACAGUAGAAGCUUUCGUCUUUUCGAAUCGGUACGAGAUUUUUGUACCCACAGGAGCGGAAGUGAACUGGCCAGAUGAAGUGUUCCAUUUCACGCAUCAUCUCUGCCAACCCCUUUCGCUCCGUCGGCAAAAAUAUAAAGUACUGGACGGAAUGAAGCACAUCUUUUUCCCCAUUGUUGAGAUAUCUUUCGCGGAAGUCUAUAUUUUCGAACAACACUGCAAAUUGACAUUUAUAAAACUAUGGAUAUAAAUAUAUGGACUCUUGCGUAUAAUAUUUCCGGAAUUGAGGUAUUGAGGAAGUAAGUUAUUUCCUGUAUAGAUUUAAAGCGAUUUCUGUUCGAGCUAAAUGUUGCAAUGUGAAAGUUAUUGAUUUGAAAAACCGUUUAUCAAUCUCUCAAUUAAGUCGUAAGCCGUAAUAAACGUUAAAGAUAUAAAGUUAUGAAGAUUUUACAUAAAAAGAAGCAAAAUAAAUAAACAAUAAAGAUAUAGUAGUCAAUACUAAAAAGUAACUCUGUAAAAUUAUAUAAAAUGUUGUUAUUUCAAUAAAAUAAAGUAUAUAAAUGCAUAUAAAUAUUCUCAUAACUAGCCGAAUAUAUUUUACUAGACAUUUAAAAUCAACGAGUUCUUAUCAGCUAUCUUCUCAAUACCUCUGUUCCGAUGUUUCCACGAGAACCUUUACCGUCUGUUUCAUCGAGCCGACAAAAAACCACAGUGCAAUGUAAGAGUACAGCGUUCGAAAUGAAAUAAAUGUAUCGUACAUGAUGGACAAAGAAUAAACACGAGUUACUCCAGCUUCGGAAAUAUUUUGUGAAUCGUUCGUUUUCGAGAAAGAGUUCGUAUAUCCAAUAACGUUGGCUGCAAAAAAAAUGUCGAGUAUAUACGCUGGCCUUGUGUAUUUUAUCAAGAAAGAGUUGCGUAUGUUUUGAAAAGUCGAGAGAGAGAUAUAUAGUUGAUGCGCAAAGACAUAUGAGAAACUGUAUAACCGCAGUAAGUAUAUUAUAUUGUAAGAAGAAGCGUCAAAAUGUUGAAAUGUUGUUUCCGACACUGAGCGUGUAAAAGAAACGGUAGUUAUGCAGAAAAAGUGUACAAAAAAUAAAACCAGAGUUAAAAAAAAAGAUAUGGGCGAGAAAAAGUUAUAAAAUAAUCGAGAUGGUCGCGACGCACGUUUAUACGCGCGUGCAAAAAUCUAGUCCACAGUAGAGUAAGAUAGGCCUUAAUUAUAUAAUGUGAUAAUCUUGGAAAAAUAAUAAAAAAAAAUAAAUUACACUCAGAACGGCGUGACUAUAAUAAUAUACAUGAGAAAGCAAACAAAGUAUAAAAAAAAACAAUGUCGGUUUUACCUUUUAAAGGUUUCUCUCGAUCUCCCGCGCACGUACGUCGAACGAAGAAUCAAUCGGUAAUGUUGAAUGGAUGUAGAGAAAAGCUAUUAUAUGGAAAAGAGUGAGAUUUGGCGAACUUAGAGUUGGUUGUUCUUCUUUCUUCGUAGAGACGUCGAGACAUCGCCUUAUUAUCGCACCGAAGAUUCUAAAGACGACUUGUCAUUAAGCAUGUACACACGCAUAUACACACAGUCACGGAGACUCGGGUUGAAAUGAAAACGCCGAGGUGAAAAAAAAAGAAAAAAGCCCAUGGUCGUUUUUUCUCUUCAAUCAAAGGUGUAAACGCUGAGAUGCUAGUCAAUUUUCUUGGUUCUGUCAGUCACACUGAAUAAUAUAUCGUCAAUAAAGACAACAAUGAAAAAAAA